AUGCGAUCUGCUAGCAAUGCAAAGAGAGACCCUAGUCAACAUUCGGGGAUCAUCAAGAGGAUAUUGGGUCUGCUCGCUAACCUGGAUAACGAGUGCCACCGCUACCUCACCACUUGGUUUUCCCGAUUGGCUGAGGAUCAUUUCCGACGCAUGGUUGAUUUAGUGGGCAAAUUCAUCACCUAUCGUCUCACCAGACAACCAAGGAAGCGGAGCAACAGCGGAAAUCCCACAGCAGGGCUGAUCCCCGAGUUUGGAGCACAGGGUGCAACCUCGGCCCAGCUUCAUGCCGCGCUAGGCCUGUCAGGUUCUGGAUCCAAGUCUGAAGAUCGUGCAGGGGAUGCCUUGUACAGUGAUGACUGGCAAGUCAAAGCUGCCGCCAAGGUUAUGGCUUUGCUAUUUGCAGCGAAUAACACGUACCACAACCGCAAGACAGACCCUGUCAACCACUCCCCGUCGGUAGCUGGUCAAGCUAGCGCUGGACUGGCAGCACGCGAGCGAGCCAGAGCGCACGGACAACUCCUCCCUACCUCCGACUUCUACAACACGGUGUUGGACUUCCAUGAUCUUAUCGCUGAUUUUGAAGCGUGGGAGAAACGCACGGGGAAGUUUUCCUUUUGCCAAUAUCCGUUCUUCCUUUCUAUCGGCGCAAAGAUCAAGAUCAUGGAGCACGAUGCCAGACGACAGAUGGAGAAUAAGGCUCGAGAGGCUUUCUUCGACAGCAUUCUUAGCAACAAGAACUUGGAGCAAUACUUCCAUCUCCGCGUCAGGAGAGAAUGUUUGGCGGAAGACAGUCUACGCAGAAUCAGUGAGGUUGUCGGUGGGGGUGGUGAGGAGAUCAAAAAAGGACUGCGAGUCCAAUUUGUCGGUGAAGAGGGCAUUGAUGCUGGUGGCCUUCGGAAAGAAUGGUUCCUUAUGCUGGUCAGAGAGCUCUUUGACCCCAAUCACGGAAUGUUUGUAUACGAUGAGGACUCCCAAUUCUGUUAUUUCAACCCCAACACUUUCGAGCAGUCGGAUCAAUUCUUCCUCGUUGGCGCAGUUCUCGGCCUUGCUCUCUACAACUCAACCAUCUUGGAUGUUGCGUUACCUCCUUUUGCAUUCAAGAAGCUCCUCGCAUCUGCUCCUACAAAGAAUGGUGUGGCGCCGGCAUCGCGCAACCGGAUUGACUACACGCUAGACGACCUGGCGGAAUUCCGCCCACGCCUUGCUAAGGGCUUGCGGCAGCUACUGGAAUUCGAUGGCGACGUCGAAGCUACUUUCUGUCGCGAUUUCGUUGCUGAAGUUGAGCGUUACGGCGUGGUGCAACAAGUCCCCCUUUGUAAAAAUGGCGAGAAUCGCCCUGUGACCAACGCCAAUCGCAAGGAAUUCGUCGAUUUGUAUGUGCGGUAUUUCCUCGAUACCGCCGUUGCUCGCCAGUUCGAUCCAUUCCGUCGCGGUUUCUUCACCGUCUGUGGCGGUAACGCACUCAGCCUCUUCCGCUCCGAGGAAAUCGAGCUCAUGGUCCGUGGCUCUGACGAGCCGCUUGAUGUUUCUUCGCUCCGUGCUGUUGCCGUGUACGAUGGGUGGAGUGACCCGGCCCACGGUGGCCGCAAGGUUGACCGACCCGGUGAGCAGAUCCUCGUUCUGCGCUGGUUCUGGGAUUGGUUCGCGGAAGCAAAUCCUAUUGAUCAGCGCAAAAUACUUUCUUUCAUCACUGGCUCCGACCGCAUUCCAGCUGUCGGGGCGACGAAUCUGGUGAUCAAAAUUGGCUGCCUUGGUGAUGACAGCGACAGAUUCCCAGUCGCACGCACGUGCUUCAACAUGCUGCAACUUUACAAAUACAAGAGCAGGCAGAAGUUAGUGGACAAACUAUGGCGGGCGGUUGUGGAAAGUGAAGGAUUCGGGUUGAAGUGA